CCCGUGACGCCCGUUUUUGCCACAUGUUUUCCACCGCAAGUUCACCGCUCCGACCUGCUCCGGCGACCCCGCUCGCCAACCCGGCCAAGCGAAAAAGGCGAAAAAAGGCGACAAAGGGGAGUCUCGUGGAGUCUGGCUGUAUAUUGACCUGGUUUUUGCGGAUUUCUGGUGGAUUUUUCUUUUCUUUUCCCGGCUUCCGGGGUUAAUCCCCCCAGCCACCUGAGGAAGUUGUUUUAGUUUUCUUCCCCAGGCUUCCUGCGAGCCGCCGAAUAGCCCUCCAUCGCUGCGGCUUGGCUCUGACCGACCAAAACAGCCCCGGAGGAGGAGAGCAUCCGCGUGCGUCUGCAGACCUACCACGAUCAGAUCGAUGGCAUCACGCCUUACUUCAAGGAGGUGCUCUACGAGGUGGAUGGCACUGGAAAGCCGAACGAAGUCUUCGAUCUCAUUCAGGAGGACUUGGACAAGCUUUAGGCGCGGGAUGGGACGCCGUGAGAGUCGGCGGACGACUCGCGGGUCCCUCCCCAUGCACCAGCUGCAUUGAGCCUCUUCUGUCAGCUGGGUUGUUGUUUGCUGGGGAUGGAAGAAAGAGACAGCAACACUAUAGGAAAACGGUGUGGCAGAAGUCUCUAGAUUUGGAUCAUUUCAUCCUAUUUCAUCCACCAAUGCGUCCCCCCUUGGACUUCUGUCGAUUGGAGUGACACAAUACGCGCUCAUGUCAACGUGGGGGGGUGCAUGAUUUGUUUUAGGCUUCUUGACCCUGUCACGCCGCGGCCAAGAACUGUGCACAAGGAAAAGCACACAAAACUGUAUAGUUGCUCAAGAUAUCAGAAGCUUAGUCCAGCAGUCACAUGUUGGGGUGAACGAACGUAGGAAGUCGGAACGAAGCUCGCCAAAGGCAGGGAGCCAACUGCAUGUGACUCUUGGAAGCUGAAUGGCGACUCUUGGACUCAGGGUUUGCGGUUGGUUUUGCUGCACGUCCGUGUUGGGAUUCGUCCAAGAAUCCGGUGAUGAAGAUGUGAAGAGCCCCAAGAGCAGCGACCACGGUCGGCACGCAACGUGGGUGGUAUGCGGAAAGAUGUGACCUGGACGCUGGCUUUGACUCAGUAUGUUGACGUGAAGAAAUCGGAGCUGCUGCACUGCUAGUAGAUGCAGCAGCGCUGAAUUCUGUAUGUGUUUGAGACAUCUUUGUGUUGAUAGAGCACAACUGCCCCGCUGAAGGAUGUCAGGAUGUCACCAGUUUGGCUCCGAAGAUUAGCUAAGUUUAUUCGACAUAUAUAGUUCUUCAGUUGUUCCUUUUCACCAUUUCUAACCAAAAGACAGCAGACAGUUCUAGAGGAUAGAAUGGCAGCGCGGAGUUUGUGUGUCUUCAGUUCCUGGUUGAUGGUGGCUGUUGGACACUUAUUGGGAGGAAGCCAUCCCUAGUGUACCUUGGUUGAAAGGAACGAAAAUGGCGUUCACAGCAUCCUUUGCUCUCAAAACUGAAGAAAUGUGGACCUACAGGGUUUAGCUGGAGAAGGAGACGCUGUAGAUGUUUGUUUUUUGUUGAAAUGGUAUGACUAGAUGGCACUUCUCCCCCAAUUCAAGUCAUUUGUGGGACAAAAAGCACCAAAAAGCAAAGUAUUUUUCCACAUAAUUUCACACCAAACAGAGUGAAUGGUGUGGAUUCCUCAUUAAAUUAUGAGCGGCCAAGUAACAGAUGGCAGGCUGUGGGUCAUGACACCAGGAUACCGGUUGACCUACCUGGAGGGUCGUAAGCUACUGGAGUCCGUGGACGGGUUAGGCUCCAGGUGGGUCACGACCCAUCCCCAUCCCAGGUGGGAACAUCACUAUGGUGGGAACAUCCCUAUUUUGCUGUUCAUCAUCAGUUUGCAUUCAUUCGCUUGCGGCUGUGACAGUGGUGAAAGGUGUUGUGAAAAGAAAGGCACUUUUCUUCGCAGGUGCCGAAGGGUCCUCUGCGGGAAUUUUCGGUUUUCCAUGCUGGGCCAGGGCCGAGUCUGGGGAGGAUUUGGAGGAUGGAUUUUUUCAAACUUGCCAUUGGCAGUGCAAUCCAAGCUCCCCCCAAAAAACUAGUUCUCCUCGCCCUCCCUGGCCUUGACCCCAGAGCUGCGCGCGUGCGGCGAGCAGACGCUCCGUGGCGGGAUGGCGCGGUGCGGUGUGCACCGACCGAGAAAAAGACGCUGGGCGCCGCAGUGAAGCCGUGUCCGAGACUUGUGAAGCGACGAAGCGAAGGUCUCGUUGAGGGUGGUUUUUGGGGAUGUUUUGGGUAGUGGAGGUCGGAUGCGUUUUCAGAUGCUUUCAGCCAUCAUGCGUUGAAAAAAAAAAAGCUGACAGAUGCCAAUUGCAUUCCACUGACACAAGUCGUGGUGUUUUCAAUUUGGACGAUUUUGUGUAUUUGCAGAUGGAUUAAACCUCA